AUGGACUGGAAAUUGGAAGGGAGUGUUCAGAAAACAGACUCGCAUGUGCUACAGGAGCAAGAGGUCAUCCUAAAAGACACAGGAGAAGAUAACAUCUCUGAAAGCUUCCGGCUUCUACAGAUCGAUGUGGAUUGCGAACAUCAGGAGGGAGAGACACUGCCCACAGGCAGUGCAAUGUGGUGCUCAAAAAAUGCCCAAAGAAAACAGAGACACCGGGAAAAGAUAGUUGCAGCAAAGAAGAACAAAAGAAAGCAAGAAAAAGAUAGAAGAAAGGCCAAUCGUGUAGAAAAUUCACGCAUUUGCCCCCAGCACAGCAAACGUUUUCUGAGAUCCUUAACCAAGGAGAGACUUUUGGAAGUCAAACACUCAGGACGAAGACUCUAUAUUGAUCUGAGUAUGACCCACCACAUGUCUAAGAAGGAAUUAAGUAGACUGGCUGGACAGAUCCGUAGGUUGUAUGGUUCAAAUAAACAAGUCAACAGGCCAUUUUGGAUCUACCUCACUGGAUUCACAACAGAGAGUGUUGUGUAUGAAGAGUGUUUGAGGAUGAAUGAUGGAUUUUCUAGUUACCUGUUAGACAUAACAGAGGAAGACUGCUUUAGUUUAUUUCCCCCGGAAACCCUUGUGUACCUGACUCCUGACUCAGAACAUGCUCUUGAAGAUAUUGAUCUAAACAAAGUUUACAUCCUUGGUGGACUUGUGGACGAAAGCAUUCAGAAGAAGGUGACAUUUCAAAAGCGAGACCAUUCUGUCAACACAGCCCACUUGCCGAUCCAGGAAUACAUGGUCAGAUGCCAGAAUGAGAGAAACUAUCAAUCAGAGAUAUUGGCCAUCAAUCAAGUAUUUGAUAUCCUGUCCAUAUACUUUGAGACUCAAAACUGGCCCGAAGCAUUGAAGAAAGGAGUUUCUUCCAGAAAAGGCUAUGUUCUUCAGAACUUAGUGGAUGAUGGACAGCCUAAGGAGCUGCAGAAGGCAAAGUUGCUGGAGGUGUCUUGA